UUCUUUCGUUACUGCCUUAUUGACAGUUCUGCAAUCAUAUGAUGGCUGUUUAUUAAGCCUCAUUUGUUUCUUCCCCUGGCAACGUGCUGGCCGGCUGUCAAAUUAUGUAACACGCGCGUUUGUUUACAUCUAGUGCGGUACGUAAGUUGCAGGUUGUUUCUCACUUUAAUCACUAGCGUAUCGAAAUCAUACCAACUCUCACGGGCACAAGAUGCGUAUGGCCAGUGCACUAUUGCGGUCACGCAAACCGCAGAACGAAACAGAAGUACCAUUUCAAGAAGUGUUGCCACUGCGCCUUAAAAAUCAUGUGAGUGGCAAAACAGACAAAACGAGUGAUGUGGCCUGCUUGCAGGAGAUGGCAGUGCUGUUUUCUUGUCUCAAAACGCACGACUUUAAUGAGAGUUUGUGCGCGAAGGAGGUAGGCACCUUCCAACGAUGCUACAAGGUGUUCUUGGAUAAGAAAAUGGCUAAAAAAGAAACCUCCAGCAAGGGUAUGCUGGUGGCGGGAAAGGACCUCAACUAUAAGCAGUUAAACAAAGUGUUGAAAAAAUAUCCUACAUCGGCGCAGAAUUAAGAGUGGCAUCCUUGUGUUGGGUUUGUUGGGAAAGUGUUAUGCAUGAGCAUAUUGUAGUGUAAUAAAAAAAAACAUUAAUAAGGAAA